UUCUCACUGCAGCGCAAGGCAGCCAAGUCAAUACGGCAACGGACAACACAAGGAGAAACGUCCAACUUCACCACUUGCCUGGUUUGACAACUUACAGCCAAAGGGACUCAGACGACAGCUGGACCUACACUGAGAAUGCUGGCAUUUGUGUUUCUUGUAAAGAUAUAAGGACAUUUGCUCGCACUGUUGCCGCUUGUGAACAUUCCCUUGCGUCUUAAAGACGCUUGAUUCUGUGCCGCGUGCCUACAUGAGAGCGAUUGACACGCGCGAGAUUCCACCGCAUUCACUUAUCCCUGAGCUGCCGCGAUGGUUCAAUGUCUUGUUUAAUGGUUGAGAGGUGUGCACCGGUCGCAUUUGAAAGGGCAGAGCAGAAUGACAUACAAGUUUGCAUGCUGGCGGAUGGCAGACUGAGGGGUCAUGCAGGGCUCUUACUGGCUGAGAGAAGAGGCUCCUACCCACUGAUUGACCUCCGCCUCCUCAACACAGCAGCAGCCCCGGGCGGGCCAGCCGGCCAGGAGGAGGUGGAGUCAGGCACGAGGAGGAAGGUGAGGCGUCUGUUGAGCUUCCAGAGGUACUGUCACGCCUCGCGACUGCUCCGCGGCCUGGCGCCCCACGGCUCCCUGCACCUGCUGGACGACGACUACCUGGGGCAGGCCGCGCACAUGCUGUCCAAGGUCGGAACGUGGAACUUUGACAUCUUCCUGUUUGAUCGCCUCACUAACGGCAACAGUCUGGUGACUCUGAUGUGCCACCUGUUCAACAUGUAUGGUCUCAUCCACCACUUCCAGCUGGACAUGGUCAAACUGCACAGGUUUCUGGGUAUGGUGCAGGAGGACUACCACUCCCAUAAUCCCUACCACAAUGCUGUCCAUGCAGCUGAUGUGACACAAGCCAUGUACUGCUACUUAAAGGAGCCCAAGCUGGCGGAGCAGUUGAGCCCGCUGGAUGUGUUCCUGGGCCUGAUGGCGGCCGCCGCCCACGACGUGGAUCACCCGGGGGUCAACCAGCCCUUCCUCAUCAAGACCCGACACCACCUCGCCAGCCUCUACCAGAACACGUCGGUGCUGGAGAGUCAUCACUGGCGCUCCACAGUGGGAAUGCUCAGAGAGUCUGGCCUGAUGUCCCAUCUACCUGCCGAUGUCACGCAGGACAUGGAACAGCAGCUGGGCUCGCUCAUCCUAGCCACGGACAUCAGUCGUCAAAACGAGUUCCUCACAACGUUCAGAGAACAUCUGGACAACCAGGACCUCAACCUGGAACAUGCAGAGCACAGGCACUUCAUGCUGCAGAUUGCUCUGAAGUGCGCCGACAUCUGCAACCCGUGCCGGGCGUGGGAGCUGAGUCGGCAGUGGAGCGAGCGGGUGUGUGAGGAGUUCUACCGACAGGGUGACUUGGAGAGGAAGUUUGACCUGGAGAUAAGCCCUUUAUGUAACCAGCAGUCCGACUCUGUCCCUGCCAUACAGAUAGGCUUCAUAUCCUACAUCGUGGAGCCCCUGUUUGAGGAGUGGCAGCGCUUCACGGAGCCCAGCCUCCUCACCCAGAGCAUGAUGGGACACCUGCACAAGAACAAAGCCCGCUGGGGCGGACUGCGCCUCAGCGUGCCGCCCGACUGCCCCCUCGCCACGGAGGGGAGCCACGCCCACUCCCCCCCACUCCCAGAGGAGGAACCCGGGGUGCAGAGAGGGGUAGGAGAAGGGGAGGAUAUCCCAUAAUAAAGGACCCGGCCUCUCUGCUUCCUCUGCUGUCCCAAUAGAGGAGUACUUAUUCCACCCCCUUUGUUCCUGCCUCGUCCCUCUCCCACCCUCCAUGCAGGCUUCGGCGAUGGGAGAAGUGGACGCGUCGCUAUAGCGCCCACCCCCCCCCCCCCCCCCUCUCUUCCUCCCCCCCCCCCUCCCCCUCUCAGGGUGGAGAGUUGCGGUGCUGCGGCCGAGUGGAAGUACCAACGAGUAAGACGCAGAGAACUGCAGAUAGACGGGCUUUCAAAGUACGGCUGACUUGACACAUUUUUCUCUGUUGGAUUGGAAUGGAUUGGAAAGGGCGGAUCAAGGGUGAUCUAGGUGAAUUAGGGUUUUUUGUGCUUUGGAUGAGGAAAAGUUGGCACGUCUUGAAGUCAAUGCUUGUCUUCCCACGAUGCCGUACUGUGAAGAUGGACUGUCAAGAGCAUCAACUGAUGAGGUCAGAAUGAAAGUCCAACCAACAAGUCAGAUGGACCGCACUGGCGCUGAAGACAAUAAUUAUAUGAAAGUAGAUAUAGAAAUAACAGUUAUAUGAGAAUAUUUACUACAAGCUUUCUAAUUGCUCUUACACUGAAAACUCUUUUCACUUCAUUUUUUGUACAGUUGAAUUUACACAGAUUUUCACGAAAGUGCAUUUUUAAUCUGGCUCAUAAUUAAGACAUUAAACCAAUAUGUGUAAUACCUUAAAAGGCCAAGGGGAAGGGAGGACUUUGUGGAGCCGUGCUGGGGUUUCUGUUGGCGAGGGCUGAAGUCAUAGAACCCCUGAACACUGUUGUAUAUUAAUCCACUGGGUCAUAUGCCGAAACCUCAGAGCUACAUUUCUAACACAGGCUCUGUGUGAGAUUCUCUCUCUAUAGAUGUAAAAUUUCUACGAACUUUCACUUACUUAGUAAACUGAACUUACACGCAACCUCAACUUUUAAAGCUUACAAAGCCUUAAUUUUUCUCUUGGACAACUUAACAGUGUGCUUCUUAUUAACAGCAUCUUCACAACCCUGCUGUUUUCAGAUUGUCUUUUUUUCGUUUUUACUAAUGCGUUUAAUGGUGUUUACUUCUCACGUCUUCUCUUAAUAUAUGCACUGUAAACCUUUUGAUGUUUAUGUAUGAACUUUGACCUCAAGGUCAGUGACUCACAUUCCAUAAACGUUGCUUCUUGGUUCCCUGGAGAACAGUAUAUUCCUCAAUGCCAUGUGACGUCUUUAGUGUCGCUCAGCUGCAUCUUCAGUUACAUACCUUUAGGAGGGUCACGUACUUUAUAUGGCUAUACAUGUGCCAUAAUGAUCUUUAUGUAUAUCUGUUUUUGUGGCUAUAGUGUUCAACAUUUAUAGAUGUUUUAACAAUUACAUGUAUUCCUGGUAGUGUGUAUAGAUGAUUUACUUCAUAUAAUGUUAUCAAUGAGGCUAAGGACAGGUUUUAUGGCUCAAAGUGCACCUUCAGAGACACACACACAUUGAAAUAGGCCAUAGAAGGGUAUUUUAACGGUAUCAUUCCACUAGGAAUGCAAUUCACAAAUGUAAAGUUUCAUAAACUUCUAACGCUCACAAUGAAAUGCAUCAGCUUUUUAUAAGGUUAACAUUGUAAAUGUAAUGAUCUUUUUUGACUUAUACAUUUAUAUUACAUUUAAUUCUACAUCAUAUAUAGUCUAUAAAAAUGAUUUGACCAAAUCUUGUAUGAUCACAUUUGUGCAAUUUUCUAGCACUUUCUAUAAACUUGUAUGGUUUACUGACACCCACUUCUUUACACCGGCCUGAAGGAUAGUAUCUAAGUAGCCUGCAGUUGUAUUCAUGUCAGCUGGUGACUUUAUAUGAAGCAGCCAGUUAUGUAGCGCAAUACUGAGAGAAAUACAGGCCAUCUCAGAACCACCUGUCUAGGAUCAAACUACCUAAACACUUACCUGCACACACCAAUGAUUAAACCUCUACUGGCACAGACACUUGAUGUUUCACAACAAAGUGGCUAUUUCCAUUCAAUUUACAGAAUGACACUUAAAUGUCAGUCUGGCAGCUUUGAAAUAGUUCCUGUGUUUUUGGCCCAACAAAUUCAUGUACAGCCUGUUGUAACGCUACCAUGUCGUCACGGCAACUCUUGAUCAUCUGGGCCUGCUUCUCCAGCCAUCAGCCUAUGAGCACUGUGAUCAAUAAAGCUACUGUUCUUUUUAUUUUAAUAAAAUUGUUUUGGAUCCCA